AUGCAGUUCUCCGCUAUCAUUGUCGCCCUCUUUGCAGGCAUCGCCCUUGCUGCUCCUGCGCUUGAAGCGCGCCAGGAUAGUACAGAGUGCACCCUAUGCCGUAAUGACUGCUUCUUCAGCAAAACAGACAAUGCCGCCUUCCAGUCGUGCAUUCAGUCAUGCAACUCCGGCCUCGGAUGCAACAUCACGCAAUGA